ACAAACUGUUUAAAAGGUGUGUCGUGAUAACCCCUGGUUAUCAAGCCUCAUUUGUACCAAUGUAACCAGCCUUGUGGGUGUGAUAUUCACCCGAACCACGGUACCUGCUGCUCACUUUGAUGUCUGUCAGGCUUAAUGCCAUAGCUCCAGGUUCAAAUUAAGAUUGCUUCAAUAACUCCAGCAAAAAACAUUUCGGUAUAUUUGUCAUAUUGUGGUACUUUACAAAGUACCAACAAGAAGUGCGGUUAAAAAUUUGGCUAGUUUCAAUGACUUUGGCCAAUCUUUGGCAAUUCACCGUCAGCAGUGCUUGACAAAAUACAAACAAGGAACUUGUAUUGAUUGUUUGUACACUUAACAAAAUACAAACAAGAAGUUUGUACAGAGUAAGGCUAAGUUACAUGGUCGCGGCUAUUUAAUGGUUCACUGUUUAGACGCAGCACUAGUUUUAUAAGUACCCAAUGUGGAAUUAAGGCUUUCACUCAACUCCUCAACAACCAACCCUAUUUGAUGUGUCGCUGUCUUAGAAAUGGUACUACCCAAUAACUUUUGUGUCACUGAACAACUCAAGACAAUCUUGGUGCCAAGUAAUUCACACAUUUAAGUGUGGAUUGAAAAGGAAGUGUCUGAUGAAAAAUCUGUAGUUACAAACCUUAUUUAUAACUACGACAGAGGGUACCCGGCCACGGCACUUGGUACUCCAGCUUCAGAUUCAUCCACAAAACUGGAUUUCUCAGACGGAACCAUUUGUUUGAGAGUUGAAGAAUUGCAAAUCUAGUAGCGAACCCUGGGUCUACAUAUGUGUAACCAGCUGUGCUGUACUUCAUAUUGGUAAUCUUGAACAGGUAUCAAAAGGUUAUUAGAAUAUAUCUAUAAUUAAUUUAUAAUGUAUAAUCUGGAGUCUAAAACACAAACUAAUGUUCUGAGUGAUAUUCAUCAGUAUGGUAUUAUCUAUACAGGCUAAGUUUGGUUUAGCUAGCUCACAAAAAAUUGUCAAAUACUGUUUGUGUACAAAACAAACUUGGUGUACACAAGUUCAAGGUUUUCAGCACCUUAUUCAUUUCAAAAGUACUUCAUAUUAUCAUUUCAUCCUUAUCUGUAAUUAUUUAUAAAUAUAUCAUUAUCAUUUGAGUGUGGACAGGCACAGAAAUAACUCAUAUUUUGAAUUCAAAAUUGUUCAUUUUACUGUAUUUCCUUAAUUGUAACACUGUGCUAAUAAAAGUAAAGUUUAAAAAAAUACUGCACAGAUAUGGAAAAAUAAGAUGGAAAUAAAAAUUAGAAAUCAUUGAAUUCUGAAGUCUACCUUAACCAAAUAAUUCAUUUUCUCAAUGUUGCUGGUCUAAGAUAUUACGUUGUUUGAAAACAACUGAUAUCCUGCCGCUGUCCCCUAAUGUCCCCAGACUGUCCCCCGACUGUCCCCCACUUUCCCCCAGAAAUCCCUUAGCUGUCCCCCACUGUGAGACACUCAGGCAGGUCAAUAGAUAGAUCUCUACAAACCUGUUUUAAAAGCCCCUUCACCUAACACUUAAUUGUCUAUGACAUUGACACCUAUACUCAAAACUCCAGAUUGCUUUGAAUAAUAAAAAACAUAUUUUCAUAACGGAAGCACAUGCAAUGCCUAUACAUAAUAUACCACAGAAUUGACAUGAAUAGCAUACGCCUGGAAUGAAUUGAAGUAAUAUUUUUAAAGGUCCCAACAGUUAGGGCAGGAAAACCAGAUAUCAAUAUAGCUUUGAUGGUUAUCAGAGAGUCAUUCAACAAAAGUAAACUAAGGUGAAAUGUUUGUGUGGAAACGCUGGCUCACAACACACCACGUAUUGGAUUAACUAAGAUUAGUAUGGUAUAGGACGACUAAUGCAUUGUGUCCGCGAGUGGUCGCGACUUGACUACUGAUAUUAGUAGUAUGUUGUAUACAGCCUAACAAACUACCACAGAGUUAAUACACUGGCACCAUGUCUGUUAAGUGACUGAUCAGGGACUGAAAUUCCAUGUGUUUAUGUCAGAUUAUAAAUGGGAAAUUUGUGAUAUAAACAUUGACUAAAAUCAAAAAGUUACCAAGUUUUUCAGGGAAUGGAAUUUCGGACCAUUAAUUGUGUGCUCUUUAUGGAAAAAGUGGUCAGUGUAACAUAUAAGUGGACGAUCCUGGACAUGAAUGGACAAUCGGAUUAACCUGGAUUUACCCAGCAAUCAGCCUGUAAUCAGUUGCCUUUCCGUAGAUUAGCAAGAAAGUCAAGAAGAUGUCUGAUUUUGAGCCUGACAGUCCGCGAAAAGAUUCGCCAAGGAGGGCGAAAGUAAGAACAUCUGACAGUAUCUCACCACCACGGUCUGCUCAACGGGGACCGUCCAACUCGCCCCCUAAAUCGGGACGAUCUAAAAAGAGCAAUGACAAAACACCAUCCCCGUCACGCAGCAAAAAGAGUGCAUCCUCAGAUCAAUCAACAAAAUCAGCCAAGAAGAAGCGGACAGUGACCAUGAAAGUGUCGGACCUGACGGAGUCCGGGCUAAAGAAAAGGGUGUUCACAGGGGAGGGGCUAACAGUGAUACCAGUCAGCCUACUUCACGAGAAAUCCUUUGUAAUCGACACAGAGGAAAGUAACCUCGGAGAGCUGUACCUGAACAACAACAACUUGCGGACUCUACCGCCCGACAUUAAACGAUGGAAAAAUCUACAGAAACUAGAUAUCAGCAAAAACGGAAUUCGUUGUGCUCGGCCAAACGAUUUCUCAGGUCUUCCAAUGGAAAUGAAAGAACUCACCCAUCUAGAAGAUUUAAACAUCUCGGAGUGCAACCUGCCUUACAUUCCUCCUGUGAUAUGGCGACUGACAAGCCUCAAAGUCCUCGAUAUUAGUCGCAACAAGAUUAACAUGCUUCCAUCAGAAAUUGGUAAUCUUGGAAACUUGAUCACCCUUAAUUUGAAGCACACAAACUUAGCAACUUUGCCACCAGAGAUAGCAUACUGCCAGGAUCUAGAGGAAAUUCAGAUGUGGGGAAAUGAAAUAGAAACACUUCCUGAAACACUUCCAGAAAUGCCCAAACUACACACACUGGCAUUUGACUACCGUCAUUUCUGUAAACUGGUCGACCAGACGUAUAUGGAGAACUACCUAAGUACAGGACAAAUCAAGUCUAAACACAUACCCAUGGUAGUGUUUGAAUUACCUGCACUACGAUCUCUAGAUCUGGAGAACACAAAGGUCAACAACUUGAUGGAGAUCUACAAUAUAAGUCUGCGGGAGUUUAACCUUAGUCACAACUUCAUACAGACACUUCCCAUGAGCUUGUACACGUUGAAUCAUCUGGUCUUUAUGGAUUUGUCCUAUAACCAGAUUGCCACACUCCCAGAUGAACUUGGGAACGUGAAGAGCCUCAUCAAACUACGAGUCAACAACAACAAGCUGCAGCACAUACCAUCCACCUUAGGUCAGUUACACAACCUCCUAGAACUUGACCUGGGGUCAAAUCAGCUGCAAACUCUCCCGCCAUCCAUCCGCUAUCUACAAACACUCAAAUCACUUGUCAUAUGCGAGAACAAACUUACCAGCCUUCCUGAUGAGAUUUGUGAGUUAUCAGGACUGGAAACAUUGGACGCAACAGACAACAGCAUCGCUGUCUUACCCAUGAAGCUACACCAGCUCAAAGGUCUGACAUGUGCACACAGCUAUGACAAGUUCCGUAAAUGUGGUUUAUGGUUGUAUAACAACCCACUUGUACAACCUCCACCCGAAGUGUGGAGGACGGAAAAACCAGCCAAAAUCUUUGAAUACCUAAAGAAACUUGCUAUCACCAAAACUGAGAAUCUCCAGAGGCAGAAAAUGUUGGUGUUGGGCGAGUCUCAAUGUGGAAAGACAGAUUUUGUUUGGGGCCUCGUCCAAGGUAAAUCCCUCAUGGCAGAAAAAGAGCGAGAGAAAAUCCGUAAGAAGCUCACAAAAUUGAAGGAAGAAAAGAAAGAGAAAGAGAAAAUGAAAAGCAAGAAAGUUCUCAAAGAGAUCAAGGAAAUUAAGGACAAAAUGGACCAGGGCGGUACACAAAAGGAGAAGGCAGACAAGAUCAUGGAAAUUAAUCAUGACGGCAAAACACUAGUAAGGAUAAAUGAGGAUGUGGAUGAGAAAGAUGUCGAAAUUCAUGAUCACUUGGAUGACUUCACAACUGUCAAAAAGACAACAGAAGAAGUCUCAGAAGAUGAACCAGUUAUUCAAAACGGUGAAAUAGAAGUGAACUUAAACAAGACCAGAUUCAUAGAACAAACAGUAUGGAGGACAGAGAAUUCUGUGGAGUUUGUGAUCAAUGAUUUUGGAGGUGACCCCACAUACAAGAUGUGCUAUCCCAUAUUUCUAGACUCCAAGUCCCUAGUGGUCAUUAUGUAUGACCAUAGUGCUUAUACCAGUGAUAGCCACUAUGAGAUGGUGGGUCAGUGGCUGGACCUACUCAAUGUCCACACCCCUGGUGCUGUUGUCAAACUUGUAGGUACUAAAGCUGACCUCUGUGAGAGUGAUGAAAUGAAAGAGGCAACAUGUGAUAUAGUUCAAAGUGAGGUGAAAAAACAACAGAAGCGCCACCUAGAAAAUCUCCAUGAACAGCUCACAAAGAUUCAGACAGAAAUACAAACACUUCAGUCAGAAAUCGGGCAGAAUAUGUCCAACGACCACAUGCAGCAUCUAGAAUCUGAGAAAAAUAAAUUAGAAGGUUUAAUCAAACACUCAGUAAAAGUUGAUGGGGAAGUUUGUGUGAUCAGUUCUGUAGAGGGACUUCCUGGGGUAAGCAGUCUCAUCAACCAGAUAGAACUCAUGGCCAUUGAUACAGAUCUCUUCCCUCAUGCUCAGCGACGCAUACCAGACCACUGGAACAAGUUCAAGGUCAAACUCAAGCAGGAGAAAUCCUAUUACCUCCGUUUGAAAGAGGUCAAGGACAUGGCUUUGACCUUUGACAUCAAAGGUGAAAAUCUUGAGGAGUGUCUGAUGUACUUACAUGACAUAGGAGAAGUGUUGUGGUUCCACGACAUUCCUGGCAUGUCUCUGAUUCUCUUCCACAAACCCCGACUCCUUGUCGACUUUAUCACCACGAUCUAUCGUCACGACUUCCAAAUAUUCUUCAAUUACCAUAGAAACAAGGUGUUCAUGAGUAAAGGUAACUUCGACCGAAAACAUUUUGAAGCCUCUGUGGAAAUAUUUCUGAAUCAUGGACAGGUAUCCCGACCAAUGCUGAACUGUUUCUGGUUCUACCACCAGUUGGACUAUGAACAGUUCCAUGACAUUCUGGUCCUGAUGCCUCUCCUCGACAUCUGCUACAGUGUGCCUGAACCUCCUGUCCCCCUUGGUAGUAAUGCCUGCACGCCACUCCUGGUCCUGCCCUGGUACAGUCAGAAGUGGGCGGGGCAGGAUCUGGAAAAUCACUGGCAGGACAUGCUGCCCCAGGGGACAAAGGUUAUGUCAUUUGCAUAUGAAUUCCAAGGUCAGCUGACAGAUGGUACGUUUGAGCGAAUAUCUGCAGCACUGCAAGAUGUAGUAAUAACUCGAGCCGACUGGCGGGAUGCAAUUUUGUGCACCACAGAAAACGACAAAAUUCUGUUACGUCUUGGAUCCGACAACAAGACUGAGUCAGACAUUUUGUCUGUCACAGUCAAAGGGAACGAUUCGGAUGGAUUGGAAUCUAUCGUCAAAGAUCUGACACAAUGUAUCACAGACGUGGUAACAAGGAUACGGGGUUUGUCAUGGAAAAUCAGAGCUCAGGGACACAUGUGGGACAAACACAUCAUCUGUUAUACAAGGAGACCAAAGUCAAAAUUCAUCAAAACAUAAGCCAAUGAUAUCCCACACUCGGGUGUUAAAGAUUUCUGUCAGAGUACCACUUAAAAUAAGCCAAUGAUAUCCCAUACUCGGGUGUUAAAGAUUUCUGUCAGAGUACCAUUUAACAUAAGUCAAUGAUAUCCCACACUCGGGUGUUAAAGAUUUCUGUC